CGUGUACGUACGGGCUGCUUGGUGUGCAGAGCUCGCAAAGUGAAAUGCGACGAACAGCGGCCAAGUUGUCAAAAAUGUCUCCGAUUGAACAGAAUUUGCGAAUAUCAAGCACCCAUAGGACGAGCUACGUCGCGAGAUGAGCCGCAACAGGGCGGCCAGUGUGAGACAAAUCAUGGACCAAGCGACUUUCCGGGCCACGAUAGGCCCCUGGGUUCGAACAGAGACUUCUUCAACCAUGACGAGCCUGCUGGUCCAGACUCAAACUCGCAUUGGGGCGGCAUAGACAUGACAAGUUCUUUGGAGCAGCAGACGAAUACACCUGGGACAAUCUACUCAUAUCCUGGAUCAUUUGGAUCGCCGUUUCAUGAAGUGAACAGCAGGUCCACUACGUCCGAGCACCACUUCGCGUCCAAUGAUUCUGUGGACCGAUACCAUGCCGCCUCGCAACUCAUUUACCUGACGACCAUCAUGGAUUGGAGAGCAGCUUCGGAGGGACCCGCCCUUGAAUCAUACUCAUACUUCCUCGAUACAUUCGACUACCCCCUCCUCUCAUCAUUUGAUCCAUUGAACUGGACUUGGGUCAAGCGCCAUAUCACCACUCUUGGUAUCACCCAUUUUCCCGUGGCCGAAUCGCUUCUUGUCGCUCAGGCAGUAUACAGAGCACAGGCGGACCGUUUGUCAAUGUCCCACGCUACGUCCAUCUAUAGGAAUGCACUGACAACUUUCGGUUCAAUAUCAGGUGAUCAUGCAAUAGACUUUGACGUCAUUCUCGCUGUGGCUUUGCUCCUGUGCCUUUGCGCCGUCACCUUUCCUAACGACGACAGCCCUCCUUUGACGGUCCUUGAUGGGGACUUCGUGGGAAGACUUGAGGUUUGGUUGGCAGGCAAGAGCCGAUCCGCCAUCUCAUUGCGCAUUUGUGCAUGGCUACAGCUACUUAACAUUACCACAAAGCGGCCAGGAUACCAAGGACUUCUCCCCUCAAGAGUCUUGGAUCUGCUUUACGAGCAUGUGAAGGAGGUGCCCAGCCUUGCUACCCUCAAUUCCGAUGCUCAGCAGGAGUCUCUUCUACUCGACACUCUUGCAACGCCAGUCUUCAACUUCUACUUGAGCGUACAAGCAAUAUCGAACCGAGUUGCAGACGUGACACACUAUCGUCGCUCGCGAACGACUUCGGCGGACCAAGAAGAGGUGACAGAGAUUCUUGCAAAUGUGAAAGCCGAUCUAUCUCGUCUUUGGGAGCAUCGUCCUGCGCUGCUUCAACUUCAGCCAAAUGCUAUACGUGAACACAUGUCUGCCAAUCUAGCAGACCAGAUUGUGGCCUUGUGCGGAAUCUGCCUUGCUGCUUUUCACACUGAGAUCAUUUCAAUUGGCAGAAUCCUUGGAGACCCGCCUUUCCCUUCGCCUGAAGCAACGGAAGCGCUUGCGCAGAUUCGGCGCAUCAUCGAGGGAGAUUGGAAUGUCUCCGCUAAUGGCUCCAUCAAUCCUGGGUAUACUCGGCCGUUAUUCAUGUACGGGCUCGAAAGCUACACGAAAGAAGGUUCAGAUUGGGUCAUCGGAAAGAUGAGGCAGAUUAGGCAUCCCAUUGGUAAGAACAAUUUCCUGGCGUCUUUCCUAGAGCUGCAUGGUGAAGCGCAAAGAGCCCAAAGCCGGAGGGUGACAAUGAAGUACUUCUGCUAUCAGACAUUUCGGGUGCAUCUGCCUUUUUUGUAA